AUGCCGCGGCAAUCGAAACCGCCUUCCACUUCGACUGGAAAGAAGAAGCCCGAGCUGGUCGACGGCCGCCUGCCCGUCAAUCCCCGCAGAAAAAAGGUUUUGCCUGAGGAGAGGAAGCGGGUCUCCUCGGCUUGUAACAACUGCAAUGUGCGACGGGUUAAGUGCACUGGGGAGACACCGUGCCAUCAGUGCCGGAACACAAACCGCCCGUGCAAAUAUCCCGAGGUCGUCCCCAAGGUCACCGUUCCAAAGCUGCAAUGGACAGCCUUGACAGCCCUCCAAGCAUGGGCCCCGCAUGCAAUCGAGCUGAAGCGUCAGCUCGAGGCCGGCGAGCUUGUCCGGAAGAUCACUCAUGAGGAUGGUCGGGUAGAGUACCAGCCCGCGAGUGAGCUGCCGCCGCUGCCCGAGCUUUCACAUUUCCAAGACGAGGUGCCGCCUGAAGACGUUGUCAAUGCUGAGUCGUCACGGCCGGCGUUACCACCAGCCCCGGCACCGCAAACAGCGGCACCACUGCCGCAACCACCAACACCCCGUCAGCAGCAGCAGCAGGAGCAGCAGCAGCACCACCACCUCCUCCAACAACAACAACAACAACAACAACAACGACAGCAGCAGCAGCAGCAGCAGCAGCACCAGCACCAGCACCAGCAGCACCAGCAGCAGCACCAGCAGGAGCACCAGCAACAUCAUAUAGCGGAGCACCAACACCGGGAGAGGCCGCCGCUGGGUGAAUCACCGCAAACUGGGGACAAGCUGGACAAGAUUCGCUCGGCAUCACCCUCAACUUCAUCCAUCUUGAGUAAACGGUCGGAUUUUUAUCUCAGCACCAGCACUGGCUUUGAUCCUCGAAGUGAUGAAGGACGCAUGCUGGCCGACUCAACUGGCACAAGUCGAUAUUUGGGGGCGUCAUCCGGAGCAACAUUCCUUGACAACAUCAAGAACAUGAUCACCCUGACCACCCCCUUAGCAGCCCUGAUCUCCAAGGGACCCGAGCACAUGUUUUCACAAACUACUGGAAGGUACCAAACCGACGAUUCCCGUGCCUUGCUUGGGCCCCCGUUGAUGGACCCAGUCCGACACCUACCUCCAGCCCCCGACAUGGCCAAGCUGCUGGACGAGGUCCGCUACUUCAUCCAAGACGGGACCACUGACGACUUGUUCCCAAGUGGCGGCAUCAUGUUCUGGUCGUUCCCGACCUUCACUGAUCUCUCGGCCCUGGGCACCGCUCGUCGAGACCGAAUCGUGACCGCUCAUGGAGAGCAAUAUCUCCAAGUGCCCCGGGAUGACGAACAGCGAACCCCGCUCGCACUGACCUUUGCCGCGUUUGCUUUCAACAGCCUUCUCGGCCUUGCAGGCAAAGACUCUCGCGUCAAUGGCCGUCUGGGUGAAGACUUCUAUGCCACCUCGCGCCAUCUGCUGGGAGACCCCUGGGACUUUGGCACCUCCACCAUCAAGGAAGCCGCCGUCAUGGGCCUAUUGGCGCUCUACCUUGUUGAGAUCAACAGACGUGACAAUGCGCAUCUCUGGGUGAAACACGCCAUGCACGUUUGCGAAGUUCGUGGAAUCCAUCGCGGCUACACCGACGAUGAGGCCGAAGUCAGAACGUUUUGGACACUCUACAUUAUUGACUCGUGGCUGAGCUGCUUACUGGGACGCACGCCAUCGAUCCCGGAUGAUGGCAUCUCACUUCGGCCCCCCCGAGAAUGCCCCCAUUUUCCAUCUCCCGUCGGCCUGAAGGCCCAUCUGGAACUGUCCCGCAUCACUCACAAGAUCAUUUAUAAUGGCUUGCGCAGACAGUCAGAUGGCAAGAAGCCCGAAGAUCGAAGGGCCAGGGCGGAAUCACACGUCAAACGAUCCCUCGAAAGUCUGAAAAAAUGGCUGAAGGCCCUCCCUCCUGCUCUUCAACUCCCCCCGGAUGCCCACACAAAACUGCAUCUUCCCAAUAGCUUGACGACCGAGGAAGUUCCCUCCGGAUUCGGUCGCGAUCGUGCAUGUUGGUCACUGCACAUGUCAUACAAUCAGCUCAUCAUCCUCACCGUUCGUCCUGUGAUUCUAACAGCAGUGCGGAAAGCCAUUGCUAGCCUCGUCAGUACAGGACAGAUGUUUAAUAUCUACGACAACGCCCUGGUGGAAGAGAUUCGCUGGUGUACCGAUGCGGCGCAAUCCAAUCUGCGCCUCGGAUGGCUGAUGCGCCAAAACAGCCCGCAUGGCAGGUUGCUGGUGCAGGAUUUGCACCACAUUUUCAAUGCUGCCGUCUUCCUCACCAUGUACCAGCUCGUCUUUGUUAAUGUUCGGACGCAGCUGGUGGCUGAUGUGGACUGGGCCAUUGAUGUCUUCAAACAGGAGCAGGAGACAGGCUGUGCAUAUGCCAAGGAUUGCUUCGAGGUCCUGCGCGACCUCAGGUUCCUUGUCAGCGAGCUACGGGACUGGAUUCAUAACCAGACCGAGAAGGAGAAGCUCUGGGACGACGACGGGGCGUUGAAGAAUUAUCUGGGCGCCAUGACGGCGCCUCGCAACAACAACACUUCCAAGACAGACCUUGGUGCAGAUGUGCCGAUGCAUGACGUCCAAUUCGAGGGCCGCCCCAUCAAGCAAGCCCACGGCUUCAAGAAGGGGUACGCAAGGAGGAUCUGGGACACGCUAACGUCCUGGCUCCUGUUGGAGGACAACUCCAACGAGGGUGACGGUGGUGGAGAAUGUUUUGUGUUUCUUUCCAGUUCCAGUUCAGAUACCAACUCAAACUGUUCGUUCCCCCCCGGAGGAUACUAG